GCUGCGCAAGAUGGUGGCGGCCGGGCUGCGUCUGUGCGGGCUGCUCAGAUUGCUGUUCUCAUUGUUAAUCCCUGCGUUAUUUCUAAGUGGAAUUCUGUGUGUCUGCUUGGUGGUUCUGCUGUGGGGACUGCGGCUCUGGAUACAGCGCAGGAAGAAGCAGCUGAGCUCAGCAGGAAGAGAUGGGAAGCAGCCGUUGCUGGUUGCCUUUUUUCACCCGUAUUGCAACGCAGGUGGUGGAGGGGAGAGAGUCUUGUGGUGUGCCAUAAGGGCACUCCAGAAAAAGUACAGAAAUGUAACGUGUGUUGUUUACACUGGUGAUAGAGAUGCCACUGGAGAAGAAAUAGUAGAAGGCGCUUUCAGAAGAUUUAAUAUUAAAUUAACUCAUCCUGUGAAGUUUGUAUUUCUAGAAAAACGCUACCUUGUGGAAGCUUCUCUUUACCCUCACUUUACUUUGCUGGGACAAAGUUUAGGAUCAGUGUUUCUCGGCUGGGAAGCUCUUCUAAAGUGUGUUCCAGAUAUUUAUAUUGACUCCAUGGGUUAUGCCUUCACACUUCCCCUCUUCAAAUAUUUAGGAGGUUGUCGCAUUGGAUGCUACGUCCAUUAUCCCACCAUCAGCACUGAUAUGCUUUCUGUGGUUAGGAACCAGGAUACCAGGUUUAACAAUGCAGCCUUCAUUACAAACAAUCCUCUUUUCAGCAAAUUUAAACUUGUCUACUACUACUUCUUUGCUUUCAUGUAUGGAUUGGUUGGUUCCUGCAGUGAUGUAAUUAUGGUUAAUUCUUCUUGGACACUAAAUCACAUCCUUUCCCUCUGGAGAGCUGGAGCUUGCACUAGUGUUGUUUUUCCACCGUGUGAUGUUCAGACCUUCCUGGAUAUUCCACUGGAAGAGGAGAAGAGCACCACUGAAUAUUCCAUUGUUUCUGUCAGCCAGUUCAGGCCUGAAAAAGAUCAUCCUUUGCAAAUCAGAGCCUUUGCAAAACUGCUGCAAGAGAAGAGGAUGGGGCAGCAGCCAUCACUGAAGCUUAUUUUAAUUGGAGGCUGUCGUAACCAGCAAGAUGAAGAGCGUGUAAAUAACCUUAAAAGUCUUUGUGAAGAGCUGGGAGUUAGUAACCAUGUGACAUUCAGAACAAACAUUCCCUUCGAGGAGCUAAAGAAGCAUCUGGCCAAGGCCACCAUUGGCCUGCAUACGAUGUGGAACGAGCACUUUGGGAUCGGAGUAGUCGAAUGUAUGGCAGCUGGCACCAUUAUCCUGGCUCACAAUUCUGGAGGCCCCAAAUUAGAUAUUGUGGUACCCUAUGAAGGACACAUUACAGGCUUCCUAGCUGAAAAUGAGGACAAUUAUGCCGAGACAAUGGCUUAUAUCCUCUCUUUGUCUCCUGAAAAAAGGUUAGAGGUCAGAGAAAAUGCUCGUCGCUCAGUGCACAGGUUUUCUGACCAGCAUUUUGAAGAAACAUUCCUGUUAUCUGUGGAGCCAUUAUUUAAAUAAAGGUAUAUAAAUAAAAAUGUAUAGGAAUAAAACUAUCUUUUUAUACUUGACUAUGUGUUACCUGUAAAUAUAUCUAAUCUGUGAUCCGUUGGUCCCAUUCAAUAAAGAGGUGAUUUUUUUUUUUCUGUCAGGGUAUCUGCUGUAUGUAAUAGAGAUUUUUUUUUUUUUAUUGGGAAAGAAAUGCUCCUGAAAAUAUUCUGUGUUGACCACAUGACAGUACUGUGCACUGCAAAACUCUGGAUUCAGAGAACCAUCCUAUUUCCUUGGUCGCAAAACUACACCUAGAAGUUCUUUUAUUUAUUGAAUACUUUCAGUCUACCCAUUUCAUGACUUUUCACCAGCAGUCACACUUUUUGAAGUCAGAGCUUUUGGCUGAUAGCUUUUCUACCCAGAUUUUUUUUUUGUAGCACAUUUUCCUUUUGCUGUCCCCCACUGUGUGGCAGAAUUCUAGUAUGUGGGAUUUUAAUUGUGAUUCUGGAGAUUUCAUUACCUACAGUGAUUCCUUUAUGUUAAUCAUAUGGUGGGUUUGCUGGCUUGCUUUUUAAUAAGUGUAGUAAUUGCACAUUAUCUAUGAUCUUUAUAUUAACUAUUUUCUCAUGCUCUUUCACAGUAUGACAACUUAAUGGUAUUUCUCCAACAGUUUUCUGUUCCUAAGGAAUAGAAGGGUCUAGCUUAGAGAGGAUAAUUAAAUGCUAUACAAACAUGAAUGUUAAAGCCCUGAAUUACUGCUUAUUAUAAAACUGAAAGCAUAGUGAACAAAAUGCUCAAAAAUUGGACAUUGCUUUUGUAUCAAAAGUGGAAAAAGUCCUUUUCUGAGCCAUCAAAGCAGUAUUUCAUAUUUUAGCGAACUAAGAGAAAUAAAAAAAAUCAGACUUUUGACUGUGGUUUUCCCUGUGUUUAAACUUCACCUGGAUUAUAUGAAAUUUUGUAUAUGAAAAAAAUGCAGUUGGAAGAUGCUACUGUCCCAUGUUUUAUUAGGAAGUGGGAAAUGCACAAUUCUCAUGGUGUGAAUGAAGCUCUCUACUGCUAUCAUAUGAAGCUGCUGAGCAGUAGGGGUCAAAAUUAAACUAUGGAUUAAACUAAACUAUGGAUUUUAAAGCUCUUUUGGCAGCACACAGAGAUUACGAAAAGCUGGAAGAGCUUCUUAAAACAAGGAGCUGAUAGAGCUAGGAAAAUACAAUACACUGCCUAGGAGACUUUCUUACUUGGUUAAAUGCAACCAGAAACUUGCUCAAGCUAGUGUUGUCAGAGGUGCCCCAGGUAGUUAAGAUGAGAAGGCAUUUCAGUCUGGAUAAGGAUUUUCCAACAUUUAGACAUCUGAAAAGUAGCCUGCUUUUUUUCCUUCAAAACAGUAAGUACCUAUUAAUUUUAAUGAAGCAUUUAGCUCUAUUGAAAAGCAGUUGAUUUACUCGGCAUUUAAUGCCAGCUAUGCUUAAAUUGUUUUACUGAUGUGUUUUAAAUUUUGAGUAGCUUCAAGUUUUGAAACAGUAACUGUGCUGGUGUUCUAAGUAGCUCUUGUUUCCUGCUUGCCUUUUUCACUAUGUGUGAACACUAAAUGACCCAGGGUUACUUUCUAAAUCAUCGUCAUAUUUUCCAAGCAAUUUGAAAGGGAAAUUAAUCUUCAUCUCUUUGAUCUUUACUCAGUGAAAGGAUGGGAGACUCCAUGCUACUCUCUGCUGCAGAAGUUGCCACUUUUUCUGGAGACUCCUCCAGCUUGUGUCUGAGUUCAUCUUCAGAAUCUUCAAAAUUUCUGUAAAGUAAAACAAGAUAAUUACAUUAAUUAAAUAUAUCUUUGUUACAGGCCUUUCUCCUUUCAAGGUCUUUUGAGAUUUUUUGUAAGCUCUUCAUUAAAAAUGAACACACACAAUGUGAA